AAAAACGCACGUACAAAAAUAGAAAAUCCGACAAAAUACAUGAAAAAAAAAUUGAAAAUUAAAAAGCAGAUGACUUUGACUUCACCAAUUAGAGCAAAAGACUGGCUCAAACUCAAUGCCCUGGUGAUCAGAUGAGUGAGGAUGUGCAGAGUGCAAGCAAGCAACCAUGGUGGUAGUCGGUGGUUGUUAAGUUGACAGCAAACCCAGCAACCCAGCAUCCUUAAUCCAUCACUAAUAUUUAAUUAAUUCUCAAAAACACGAUCAGCAGUGAUGUUCCCAGCUGCAGCUGCACGUCUCCUACUACCAGUGUCAGUGUCAGUGAUUUACGUAAUUUAUAAGUAUUUGAGAUCUGGACGGCAAACAGAGAGCUGGGUUUACCCCAAUCGCGGUAACAACGACGAUGUUCCCCCAAAGUCCGGUAAGAACGGCGUCGUUCCCCCAAAGUCCGGUAAGAAUGACGUCGUUCCCUAUCCUGAACUGUCUGAUGGCGAUCUUGAGCUUCUGAAAAAUGACCGUGUCCUCAAUGAUAAGAUUCGGACACUCGACCCCGCCGUUCUUGAUGACCUUCUGAAAAUCGACCCCGUCGCCCUUGAUGCGCUUCUGAGAAUCGACCACGCCGUCCUCCGCGACUCUGCCGAAUUGGAUCCUGCCAUCAUUGAUGCGAUUUGUAAACUGUCUGAGAAGGAGGAAGGUGACGAAGAGGCCGACUGGAGUUGUAGUCGGCGAGUAACUGAGAGCUCUCUAGUCAUCGGGGUUCCCCCAAAUUCCGGUAACAACGACGUCCUUCCCACAAAUUCCGGUGACAACGACGUCCAUCCCCCAAAUUCCGGUAACGACGUCCUUCCCUAUCCUGGACUGUCUGAUCGCGAUCUUUCCAUCCUUGAAGAGAUUCUGAAAGAUGAUCCUGUCCUCCUUUAUGAGAUUCGGACACUUGACCCCGUCGUUAUUAAUGCGCUUCGGAAAAUCGAUCCCGCCGUCCUCCGUGAGAUGGUGUUCGACUCUGCUGAGGUGGAUCCUACCAUCAUUGAUGCGAUUCGUAAAUUGUGUUUGAAACGAAAGGAGGAAGAUGAACAAGAGGCUAAGGGGAGUUGUAGUGGCCGAGAAACUGAAAGCGAAAACGAAAAUGGAAACGAGACACAGAGCCAAGAGAGGGAUGAGGAAAUAAGCAGAAGCCAUCAUUACCCAUUGAGACCUGAAGCUCCAGACUGUUCGUAUUAUCUAAAGACUGGGACUUGUAAGUUUAGGUCCAACUGCAAGUUUAAUCACCCUCGCACAACAACGAAAAACAAUCAGGAUUACUUCUGGUCAGGAGGACGUAAAGACGGAAGAGAUGGUAGUUUCAACCCCAGAAGCAGGGAACCUUCUGCAGCUCCAUUUGUAGAAAAUUUUAUGGGCCUGCCAAUUCGUCUGGGGGAGAGAGACUGUCCCUACUAUAUGCGAAAUCUCUCCUGCGGGUAUGGUUUAAGCUGCAGGUUUAAUCACCCUGAUCCUACACCUGCAGGAGAAUCUGAACCCCCAUCUGGAUAUGGUAAUGGUGGACCUGCAUCAGUGCAAGGUGCAUCGUCAUCAACAGCAGCACGAUGGUCUGCACCAAGAUCAUUGAACAAUGCUCCACUUAUAAUUCCACCAUCUCAAGGGAUUUCUUCCAGAAAUACAGAACACAAUGGUUAUCAGCAGCAGCAAGUUGAAGAGCUCCCACAACGACCUGGGCAACCUGUUUGCAUUUACUUCUCAACAACAGGGGAUUGUAAGUUUAAAUCUAAUUGCAAAUAUCACCAUCCGAAAAAUCAGACUGCAGUGUCCCCCUCAUGUGCACUGAAUGACAAGGGCCUGCCUUUGAGACCAGGUCAGAACAUCUGCACACAAUACAGUAGCUAUGGCAUUUGCAAUUCUGGUCCAGCUUGUAAAUUUGACCAUCCGUCAUUAUGAACUUCCCUUCUGUGACCCGACGACUACCAAUGGGGCACGGACAUCUGGGAGUAGAAGUAGAACUGAUGCUACAAUCAGCCGCAGCCUGUGUAAUAAGUUUAUAGCAUGAAAGGGCAGUUAUUGCACGAAUUCGCAUCACCAAGGACAUGUAAUCUCUUUUUCUUAUUUAGUCUUGGAAAUGUAUUAAACUUUUUCUCCCAGCUGCCACAGGCCUUUUAGUUUCGGGUGUGAGAACUUAAUGGAAACAGGACAUGUAAAUAAUUUCAUA